AUGCACAGCAAGGUUGUCAUUAUCGGCUCAGGGCCUGCUGCCCAUACCGCCGCCGUCUACUUGGCACGAGCCGAGUUGAAGCCCGUCCUCUAUGAGGGUUUCAUGGCCAAUGGCAUCGCCGCUGGCGGCCAAUUGACCACCACCACCGAUGUUGAGAACUUCCCUGGUUUCCCCAAGGGUAUCAUGGGACAGGAGUUGAUGGACAACAUGAGGGCGCAAUCCGAGCGCUUCGGAACCGAGAUCGUUACCGACACCGUCGCGACCCUCGACCUCUCCAACCGCCCCUUCAAGUACACUACCGAGUUCAGCCCCGACGAGACUCACACCGCCGAUGCCGUCAUCAUCGCUACCGGUGCCUCGGCUCGCCGACUCCACCUGCCCGGCGAGGACAAGUACUGGCAGAACGGUGUCUCUGCCUGCGCCGUGUGCGACGGUGCCGUCCCCAUCUUCCGAAACAAGCCCCUCUUCGUCAUCGGCGGUGGUGACUCUGCCGCUGAGGAGGCUACCUUCCUCACCAAGUACGCCAGCCAUGUCACCGUCCUCGUCCGCCGCGACGUCCUCCGUGCCAGCCGUACCAUGGCCAACCGCCUUCUCGCCCACCCCAAGGUCACUGUGCGUUUCAACAGCCAUGCCACUGAGAUCAAGGGUGGCGAUGACGGCCUCAUGAGCCACCUUGUUGUCAAGAACAACGUCACCGGCGAGGAGGAGACUGUCGAGGCCAACGGCCUCUUCUACGCCAUCGGUCACGACCCUGCCACGUCCCUCGUCAAGGGUCAGAUUAAGAUGGACGAGGAUGGCUACAUCCAGACCAUCCCUGGCACCACAAACACUAGCGUCGAGGGCGUCUUUGCUGCUGGUGAUGUUCAGGACAAGCGGUAUCGACAGGCUAUUACCAGUGCUGGUACUGGAUGCAUGGCCGCCCUGGACGCCGAAAAGUUUAUUUCCGAGCACGAGGAUCAGCCCAACUAG